CGGAAGUGCUGGUUCCUGUAGGGAAGCGAAAGCUGAUUCCCCCGUUGCACCAGCUUUCUAGUUCAGCUCCUGCAAGGCAGGUACAAAAACAGCCGGUUAAACUUAGUCACCAAAAAGGACCAUGAAUCCUAUUACGCCAUACUGUUUGUUUGUUGGGUGCUUUUGGCUUGCUAUCUUUGGUGGGGCUGCUGCACAUGAGUUGGAGGAUAAUAAUGAUCAUCCUCAUAAGUGGGAAAUGUUGUACCUUGUGCAUCAGUGGCCAGUGACAGUAUGUAAGAUGAAUGAACAUGAUUGCAAAGAAGAUCCGCUAUUGUACUGGACAAUCCAUGGACUCUGGCCUGAUAAAGCAGAAGAGUGUAAUAAAACUUGGCACUUUGACAUAUCUGAACUUCAGGAUCUCAUGGGUGACAUGAAGAAAUAUUGGCCAGAUGUGCUUCAUCCAAACCAUACCUUUUUCUGGAAACAUGAAUGGGAGAAACAUGGGACUUGUGCUGCUAUGCUGGAAUCCCUUAAUUCUGAGGAAAAGUAUUUUAGUAAAGCUCUGGAGCUCUAUAAAAGAAUUGAUCUUAGCAGUCAUCUCUCAAAAGUUGGGAUAACACCAGGCAGUACCAGCUACCAGCUGGCAGCCAUCAGAGAUGCUCUUACAGAUGUUUAUGGUGUAACACCAAAGCUUCAGUGUCUUCCUGAAAAAGAGGGUCAUAUACAGAUAAUCGGCCAGAUGAAAUUCUGUAUCACCAAGGAGUUUACCAUGAGAAACUGUACAGAGCCAAAGACAGAUUCCUCUCCUGCCCCUGAGCAGCAUUACUUCCAUACGGAAGAUUUGGAAAUAUGCAAUGAUACACUGACAUAUUAUCCUUCACAUCUCCGUGAAUGAAGCAGGAAGAAAUUGAAAGUACUUUUUGAAAUACCCUUGAGAUUUAACAAAACAUAUUGCAUUAUUUAGAGAGAGAGCCAUCCUUUUAUCCCACAAAGAUACUUACUGUAAUACUUCAUUUGAAAUUUUUGAAAUCCUACUUGCUUUGGAACAUGUGCAAAUGACAGUAUUGGUACUAAAGCUAUAUAAAUGGAGAAGAUUCAUUUCUAUGGAAUAGCUGUUCUUUUAUUUGGGCAACUAAAUUACCAUUUUUAUAUUUUAAAAGGGGACUUCAUAAGGCUUAGCUUUUCUUUUUUGAGGAAUUGUAACUACUUGAAAGUGUUUGCACUAAUGCAAAAUUCUAAAUUAGUAGGUAAUUCUAUUAGGAUUUUAUGGAAGAGCUUUCUAUAUGUUUCAGAAAGUGCAUGAAACAUUCCCCCCUAGUCCCUCCCCCAUUAAGCAUUACUGCAGUUUGAAUAUUGUUGGCAACAAUGAAGGUACAAUACUGAUUGCUUCCUUUCAGAGAAAGUGAAUUUACAUAGUUGAUAGCUGGUCAAAUAGCAAGCUGCUUCUGGUCUCUAUGGCAAAAGCAGUAAUGUAUAGCUUAACUUACACCAAAGCAAUGGCUGUAGAACAAGUAUGUUGAAACUUUGAAAUUACUACAGGCAGUAACCAUUUUAGGUAUGUCUGAUAUGUACACAAGCACACACACCUGCAUUGCGCUGAACCCAGAAGUGACCCGAAAAUGUCACAAAAAGGGGUGGGGCAGGGGCGGAACAAGGUGUUUUCAGGCUUUUCUAGUGAUGUUUCAGGUGUAUGCAAUGUCAUGUAAGCACAUGGUGCCUUGGAACACAACCCCCAUGUAAAUUGGGAGCUGCCUGUGUUCAAACAAACAUGGCCAGUAUUUUUUAUAGAAAUUUUGGCUUGGGCCUGCAGCAGUUUAUCAUCUCACAUUCCAUGAGGAUACUUUCCCCAUUCCACCCCCCCCAAAAAAAAAAGUUGCUGGAAUUUCAUCUGUGGAUCUUAAUUUUUAACACUGAAAUGAGUUUGACAAGAUUCAGGAUCCAUUUCUCUGUAUCGGUGAUUACAUUCAGCACUUUGACAUGCAUGGAGCAAAAGUUUGUGCAUGUUAGAGCAGGCAUCCCCAAACUGCGGCCCUACAGAUGUUUUGGUCUUCAACUCCCAUGAUAGCUAAGAGGACCAGUGGUCAGGGAUGAUGGGAAUUGUAGUCCAAAACAUCUGGAGGGCCGAAGUCUGGGGAUGUCUGAGUUAGAGCCUGUCACUUCAAGCACUCUUUUUUUUUGCUGUUCAACUCUUUAUUAAUUUUUUGUUUUUACAAAACAUAGCAGAAUAUCCCAAAAUGACAAUACAAAAUAAACAAAACACAUAGAAUAAUAUAAUAACAGGAUAUUCCCAAGUAAAAUACAAUCCUUGGCAAAUCAGAAUAAAAAAUCCUUUCAUCCAAUCAUAUCAGUCCAAUUCUUUAUCUCCUCCCCUUACCUCCUCUCCUGAUAUUUGCCCUCCCCCUCCCCCUCCUGACUUCCCUCACCGAUAUACAAUCUCAUUUAAUCUUACCUAUAAAUUUUCUGUUGCGUUAUAUAAAUUAUAUUUGAAAUACUUUCCCUUCCUGUACAAUAUAUUCCUCCUUCUGGGAAAUGUCACUUAAAUAAUAAUAAUACUCGUGUUGAGAAAUUAUGUGUUACCUUGUCAAUUCUUCUUUUUUUCAUAUCACGGUAUCCUGGACUGGUUCUGUGGAAUGGUAAUUAGGGGCACUGUGCUACAGUAGUUCAGAUAGUAGCACUGGGAGAGUGCUUUUUGAUCCUCUGGUGGUUACCUUAUCAGGGCAGUAUUUGGUCUCCAGUGCUAUUUAAUAUGUAUAUGAAGCCACUGGGAAUUGUCAUUAGGCGUUUUGGGGCAAGCUGCCAUGAGUACACUGAUGACAUUUCAGCUGUGUUUCUCCGUAACUUCUGAAUUGGGGCAGGCCAUGCGGUCCCUAGGCCAGUGCCUGAACACAGUAGUAGAAUGAUGGAUGGGGGGGGGGGGAGCUGAGCUUGAAUCCUGAAAUGAUGGAGGCACUGUGGGCGAAUUGUUCCUGUGUCCAAGAAAUUGGGCAGUUUUCUUCCCUGGACAGAGUUGCACUCCCCCUGAUAGCUCAUAUGCAGUCAGGCGGGGUUGGAGGGUGUAAUUCUGGAUCUAGCUUUGUGAGUGCAGGCCCAGGUAGCCCCAGUGGCUAGAAGCACCUUUUAGGAGCUGCCACCGUUGGAAGAGCUUGACCACCAUAGUUCAGGCAAUACUGACUUCAGUAUCGGAUGAAUGCUAUGUAUUCUGUGGAACAUCCUUUGUGCUUGACCUGGCAACUGCUGUCACUGCAGAUUGCUACAGCAUGGUUACUAAUAUCAAAAGCAACACGGUGGCCAGAAACAAUUACAAUGUGAAAAACUUUACAUCAAAACCAACAAACUGAAGUCUCUGAAAGUCCUUAAAUGAAUCACGGUGCUAGAUUUACCCGGCGGAGAACAAGCUGUAAAGCUUCGUAUAAUCGGCAAAUGUCCAAUUCUGAUGUCCAACUCUGAACUCUGCUGAAUUUCUUCAUCAAUCUAUAUAAUCGCAUGUGCACUGUUCCAGAGUAUUUUUCAUUCAGAUGUAUAUUAUAUCUAUUCGAAAAAAGAUUGGUUAAUGAAGAUAUUCAGCAGAGUUCAGAGUUGGACAUCAGAAUUACAUGCAUCCAUGAUGUCCGUUUUGUCAUCCUGUCAUGUGAGGAAGAUUAUGGUGAGAGAUUAAACCUUGGGCUAGUCUGCUUAAAUCUCUUACAGGUUCACAAAUCAAUAAGGGAAUAUUAGCUUUUCAUUUUAUUUGUGCCUAUCACUGUAAUAAUAAUCUGCUGUCAUUCAGAACACAAAAUAAUGACUAAGUCUUAACCUUGCAAGAGAUAUGGUAACCUGUUAUGGUUAUUUGUUGGCAGAAAAUUGCCUGCACUUAAAUUGUCACUGUACAAAUUGGGUUUUGCUAGACUGUUAAUAAUCUUUAGCUUCCUUGCUGUUAAAUGCCUGUCUUUUGGAGAGUGUUGAAAUAGUACACUUCUAAUGCACUUCUGCGAAAAUUCAAUAAAAUUCCAUUUUAUUGUUUUCUUUAAUAGUUUUCUUCUUCUUUAAAUGUUUAGGUGCAUCACUGUUGAAAUAAGGUGAGAUAUUAUCAAAUAAAAAAAUGAAAUAAGGUGAGAUAUUACCAUAAUAUGUGGUUUAAGAAACUCCCUGAUGGAAGAUUCUGUCUCUGUAGUUUUAAUCGAACUGAAGUACCAUGAACGGCAAUGAUGGAAACAUGUUAAUAACACUAGAUAUAUUUAACAUAUGUAUUUCUACUCUGUUUUGAACUGUAAAACUCUUGUAUAAGAAGCCUCCUAAAUUAAAUGUUGCCUGGUUUCGCUGCAAAUAAUAGUUUGUUUCUGGAGUACUGAAAGACACAUAAGCUCUCAAGACAUUGUUUUGGACAAUGUAUCAUUAUUCUGAUUCUGGUACUCUACAAGCAGAAAAUAUGAGAGAGCCAAACUCAGAGGUGCAGGAUGUGUAAAGGUACGUAUAUAGUUAAGACUUCUUAUGCUAGUGAUGGGUAACCAUGGGACUACAACUCCCAUCAUCCCUGACCAUUGGCAAUGCUGGCUGAGGCUAAUGGGAGCUGGAGUGCAACAACAUCUGGAGGGCACCAUGCUGGUGGCAGCUUCUGUAAUUGCCCAGCUGCGUCAAGACAACAGAAGAAGAUGGUACAACAUUUUCUUACUCCUGAGGAAGCUUGGCACCUACAAUGCUUUCAGUGACGCUUUUCCUUGUAACAAUUGGAAAAUGCCAAAAAAUUCUCAUGUUGCUUUCUUCUUUUGAUCAUUGACCUCAUAACACAUUCAUCUGCUAUGUUCCUGCUUGCUUUUCCUUGAUGAAAUUGUAAUGUAUUUUUUUAAAAACACACACACACACCUUUAAGCAUAUUUUAAUUAGUCGCAUUAUUCAGUUCUCUUGCCACAUGUGGGAGUGAAGGUAUUGUCUUUUAAACACAAUUAUUUCAAAAUUGCACAUGAAACCGCGCUCUCUGAAUGCAAGCCUUUGGUGAUGUGCUUUUAAAAUGUGUUUUGAGAGAGAGAGAAAACCACACAUUUGCCUUUUAGGUUAGAAGCCCCUCUGUUUUAAACGUAAUAUUUGACAAUAAAUUGAGUGGGCACAUAUUCUCUUAAUUAUUCUGUUAAUUAUUCAGGAGUAUUCAUUGGCACCUGCAGAGGGGAAGGGAGAGAGAGAAAUUCUAAAUGCAUUUAUGCAUUUAUUUUAAUGUUCACAGACACACACACCUCCAGCUAGUCAACAAGAAGUUUAGAGUGAUCUCUGAGAUCACUCCUAUUGACAAUGGCUGCCACACUCAAACUCUCUGCACUUUCCUAGAGGGAGUGCCUUUCUGGGCCAGUGGACAGCUCAGAUAAUUUUUUUGCUUGUGAUCACAAGUGAAUAUUAUUCAAUGAAAAAAUUCAUUCCAGUAGCACCUUAGAGACCAACUAAGUUUGGCAUUGGUAUGAGCUUUCAUGUGCAUGCACACUUCUUAAGAUAGGUAUCUGUCUCUAAGGUGCUACUGGAAGGAAUUUUUUAAUUUUUUAUUUUGUUUCGACUACGUCAGACCAACGCGGCUACCUACCUGUAACUAGAAUUAUUCAAUAAUAGAGCCAGUCACCAGAGUUCUGCAAUCUAUGAAACUACAUAGAUGCAAUGGAACUUAAGGACAUAUACAAGAGUUGCUAGGAAUAAUGGAACAGCACAGGGAAGCCAGACCUUUAGCAUAAGAACAGAGAAGUGCAAGAAAUUGGCAGAGGAGGUAGGUGUGGAGCAUAAAAUGCCCAGACAAACCAAACAACAGCAAAAACAAAAACACGCCAAUCAUCCCAACCAAUCCACAAAUGAGUUCAAUCGGUGGUCCAUCUACAUCAUAUUGUGAGUUUCCUCACUUCUGUUCCUGUGGCAGCUGGUCACAGCAUGAUGGUGCCUCGUUGCACAGUAGACAUACUACAGUAUAUCUCUCAUACGGUCUUUCAUUAGCUGAGUCUCUCAUGGGUUGCUAUAUGAAGACCUUGAGGGAAAUGUAUCCAGAACUGUAUAGGCACAUU